GGUCGGCUGAACACACACACACACACACACACACACAUCAACUCACUCUUGGACACAAUUAUCAGGAGCUUCAGAUAAAAGCCAUUCUUGACUUUCAUCGUGACGUCCACCACCUUCUUACCGACAACGAUGCUUUUUUUCACCCCAAUCGUACAGAAAACUGUUAAGAUGGCCAAUUCCAGCGGUGACAUUCUACCGUUUUGCUUGUUUCUUCACACUGAGACAGAGCAGACCUGGACGGGAUCGGCCGUUUGUCACAUCGCUGGUGCUGUGAUGAAUUUUUGCUGUGUUUACAUUCCAUGAAGGAUCUAAAUGAAAACAUGCCGAGGGGCAGCAAAGGCACAGGGCAGAUGGAAGACAUGGACAGAGUGUGGGAGAAAGACAAAGAGGGGAAAUAUUACAAAGCCUGACAUAGUUAACUGUUAUAUUUUUCAUUAACAAGCCAGCGUGGAAUUAGCGGAUUUGCUAAAUGUGUUGAGAUUUAGUGUUACUCUUAUUGCAAGCAGCUGCGGCUGGGAGUAGGCUGCAUAAUUAAGGGGAAAGUGUAGCUAAUUGAUGAAAGUUUUGGGAACAGAAGGUGGAAAAAUGAGGUAAACAUGGAAAAACCAACAAUCGAGGAAAGUUUGAGAGGUUAUUAUUUGAAAUGAGUACAUUCUAAUCUACCGUAGACAGUUUACAUCCUUCAGGACUGAUGAGCUAACAGCUAGUCUGAUCAAGCUGAGAUCAAAGGUGUUGCUGCAUUUUGAAAAAGCUCCAGUCUCCAGAACUGGGACAUAACGUGAUAAGGCUCAGGUCCGCUUGUCUCCUCCAAAUAGACUUGGUUCCUUUCUUCUCGAGUGUCUGGGUAAGGAGGGGGAGAAACGUCCUCCGCUUCUAAUGACUGCUCAGAGUGAAGGGAGCUAGCUUGUCUCGUUACCCAUCGUCUUCGUCGCUGCCGCGGCUCCGCCCUCUCGGUCCGCCAGGCCACGCCUACUGAUGUUGCAGUUUUUAAAAUCGAUACGUGGGUGGAGAAGGACUCUGAGGCCCUGUCCACUCGUAGCCCGGGAUCUGCCAAAACGUAGAUAUUUUUCUACGUUUUGGCCUGUCAUCCACACGAAAACGGAGUUUUUUCACACGAAAACGGAUCUUUUUAAAAACUCCGGCCAAAGUGAAGAUCUGCGUUUUCUCCGUUUUGGGUGUCUGUGUGUGGACGGACAAAACCGGAGUUUUAAGGUCCGCAACGUCACUUUCCGCGACAAAAAAAUGCUGACAUCACGUGUGCGACCUGUGUUUACACUAGCCGACAGCAUGGAUGCCCUCAGAGCUGCGCUCGCUUUUUGCUUGUUUGUUUUUGCAAGCGGAAUUACUGCUCCUUGCGGAAGACCACAGACGAAGGACGAGGUUAAGAAUGGGGGAAGUGCUGCCGCAUACAGGUCUGGCAUGUCCUUAACAACGUAUUUAUCCGGGUACGUGUGGACAGAGUUUUUUUAAAACGAGGUGGUGUGGAUGCAAGUUUUUGGAGGGCCAGAUAUUUGUUUUAAAAAACCCGGCUACGUGUGGACUAGGCCUGAGGCACACUUGACCCGCUCUUUAACACCUCCAAUGCCAAAUUUUUUGGUUUAUUUUAUUACUACAGAUCCAGAUCUUAAUGUUGUCCUUGCCUUUUAGCCUUGAAGGUGUAAUGCAAUCUCACUUUGCUCUUUUUGUGCCUGUUUUCACUUCUUGUGUGUUUUAUAAUGCUGCUCAUUCCUGCAGCAAUGGCACUGAAAGUAGGAUUGAUGGUAAUACACCAAAGUGAAAAAAUCUACAUUUCAUGGCAUCUGUUCCCAAGAUGAGAAACUUCACACCAGUAGAAAACAACGAGAUGAGUGUGAGCACCUGGCAGAAGCAGCGCAAUAAAAUAUUCCACUCUACAAACGACGGGCUCACAGGGAAAUGCUCUGUUCUGAUGUUGAUGUCAAUCCUCACGGAACCCCCUUGCCUUUCCUCUGCUCUCUGUCGCCAUGGAUACAGUGAUGCGGGUUACCGUGGCAGCCGAGUCAACCCCAAACCCACACAAAGGCGCACGUGCUUUUACGUACGCAUGGUGUGACGUCAAAGGACUCAAGUCUUUGACGCUAUUUCUGGAGGGGAUUGAAAAUAUCAUUUUAAUUUCUUCUUCGUGUCACUUUAUUGUGUUUUCAUUUUCACACGGACAACAGCAUCUUCUUCCUCUUUCUUGUUUGUUUCAAUCAACAAUGGGAUUAAAUGAACAUAAAACAGCCUUUCAUACCAACGCGUGUUUUCAGAAAUGUGCUCUUUUGGCCUCUGUUAUUAGUUGAUGACGAAUUUUUCAGGGUUGAAACUCUCCUGCCAUCUAGUGUUUAUGUUACAAACUGCCAGACAACAGCAAAUGGUGUCUAUACUGUAUUUUAGAUCAAAGGUUUCCAAUGAUGCACUUGAAGGAUGAUUGAGAAAGAGAGUUUUACUCGAUAUUAUAGCAAAAUAAACACGUUUUCUUGAGGUAUUCCCCCCUACAAAAGCCUAAAGAGGUUAAGAAAAGUUAAAGGAAGAAACAAAAACUUGCUACAAAAGUAAAACAGGUGAAAACUGUAAGAUAUCAGGCAUAGAUUUCUGAAGCCUUUCUAAAAACCCUUUCUAAUUUUGAUUAAUUUAUGUUUGUGUACACCUGUAGGCUACUACAGUUGUCUUGCCUCACCCCAGAUGGGAUUUACUCCAACUUCUUAGUGCUAAUCCCGUUCCUUCUAAUCCAAACCCUCUUUACAUCCCUCUCACAGGCUCGUAUAUGAGACGUGUAGGCUGCUUUCUCUCAUUUAGACCAGUAGCCAUUCAUGUUGUUGGACUACUGCUGCCGUUGCUGUGGAUUCACACUCAUAAAACGCCAUGGACCCGUGACUCUCAAGACUACACCCAGUGACACCUGGGUUGUUCUGCAGAAUCUGUUGAUGUGCAUGGUGUGCUUCUACUCACUCUACUACAUCGCAGUCAGUCUUUGCAUUGGGCUGUUCAGAGUUCAUGAGAUGAACAGCUUGUUGACUCCCUUCGACUACACGACACAACCGUCAUGGCAGAAUCCCAAAUACCUGGUUGGAGUCAUCUCCACAGAAGUGACCUAUGUUUUGGGCGGGCUAGUGUUUGCGUGGAUUGUGGAGGAGUGGGUUUGGGACUAUGCCAUAACUGUCACACUGCUGCACAUUGCAAUGACCGUAGCAGUGAUGUCAGAUUUUCCUUCAGCAGAGCACUGGUGGAUUGCUCUUGGUUCAGGCUUGGUCAUGAUGAUAUUUGGAGGACAGCUCCUGGCCUACAAACUCUUCAGAAACAACUUUGUCUAUCCCACCGAUCUGCAGAACUUCUAGUGAAAACAAGGAAAGCUUUUAACUAGCUUACGGGUUAAUCCCAGGUCUGAAGCAUGCAGGUUGAUUCACUUUGCAUUUCACUGUCAAGUCGUUUUGCUCUCUGAAGAAGACAUCUACUUAGUGUACAUAAAUGUGUAUGCAUAUGUUUGUGAACCUCCUAAACUUACGAGUAGGACUAAAACAUAACUAACUGCUUGGCUUUGUCUAUAUGUGAAAAUUAGGGAUUAAGAAAAUAUCGAUAUGGCAAUAUAUCGUGAUAUUUUUCCCAGCAAUAUUAUAUCGAUAUUCAAAAGCUGUGUAUUGGAAAUAUCGAUAUGGCAAUAUAUCGUGAUAUUUUUUCCUGCGAUUAUUACAUCGAUAUUCAAAAGCCGUGUAUCUAAUUCCUGAAAGAAUUUACAUGCAAACAUUUGUGUAUUUUCUUUUCGUUUUGCGCAAUUCAAUCGCCAACCGCUAGUUGGCAGCAGUGUGCAGCGGGUUUUGUUUCCACCACUGAAAUGUAAAUCCCUCCAUCAUGGUUCAGAUACCUCAUGUUAAACAUGUUACGUAUCAGUUUGAACUGUUUAUUGAACAUUCUUACAAUAAGUUCAGUAAAAAUAAUUGCUUGUAACGUUUGACUGAAUGUAUCGCAAUAUAUCGUGAUAUAUCGUAUCAUUUCCCCUGUAUCGUGAUAUGUAUCGUAUCGCCAGAAUUUCAAAAAUACACAUCCCUAGUGAAAAUGGUUCUGUUUGUCUACUCACUACUUCCGGUAUACUAAGAAAAGAUAAAUGUUUUAUAGCUGGUAAAUCUGGACUCUCUGUUUCCCACUGACUUUAAUUUGUACAGUUGAACUUUUUUUUUUAAUUUCACUGUAUUUCAAUAUCGUUUGUGUAAAAUAUCGCCGUGAUUUUAAAGUAUUCAGAAAGGUCAAAGAAAAUAAAGUUUGUAUUAUGA